AGGUCUUUCAUAAUUAUUGAAGUACAAGCUAAGCAUAGCACCAUGGAGAAAGUGAUUGAACAGCAGCUGGCAAAGAAUCUCAAAGUUGUGGAAGACUUUGUAGAUGCAGAAAUUGAAAGGAUUGAUAAGAUGGAUGGAGAAGAAUUGGAUGCAAUAAGAAAUCAGCGUCUGGAAGCACUGAAGAAGCAGGCUGAGCAAAAGCAACACUGGAAACAACAGGGUCAUGGUGGAUACUCUGAGCUCCCAGAAGAGAAGGAGUUCUUCAAUGUAACGAAACAGUCAGAGAAUGUGAUCUGUCACUUCUAUCGAGACAGUGCCUUCCGCUGUAAGAUCGUUGACAAACAUCUCAAUAUCCUGGCUCCAAAGCAUAUUGAAGCCAGAUUCAUCAAACUGAAUGCUGACAAGACACCUUUUCUUGCUGAGAGACUGAAGAUUAGAGUAAUCCCGACAAUUCUCCUGGUCAAGAAUGGGAAGACCAAAGAUUACAUUGUGGGCUUCACAGAUCUGGGAAACCAUGAUGAAUUCUCCACAGAGAUGCUAGAAUGGAGGAUUGCCCAGGCAGAUGUUAUUGAAUACAAUGGAGAUCUAUUGACACCCCCAGAUGCCUCAAAGUCAGAAAGGGCCAGGCCCUCAUUGUUGACUGGAAAGAAGAAGACAAUAAGGGAGAAGGGAGGCAAUAGCGAUGAAUCUGAUGAUGAUGAUUGGUGAAAAAUGUUGUGCAACUUUCAUUGUGAAGUGCCUCAUUCCACUCUCUUUUUUUGCAUUUUUUUUAUUUUUACCAUGAUACUACAUGCAAGUCUUGCUCUUCAGAGAUUCUCUUAUAUAUUCUUAUGCAUGAUUAUGCAUAUGAUUCUCUUAUGCAUGCUAAGAUCUAAUGGACUGACUAGUAUAAGAAUGAAUAAGAGGUCUUCAUACUAAGUUCUGAUGGUGGUUUAAAUAUUGUAACACGAAUGUGGUGGUGUUCCUCAAAAAACUAUCUGAAAUCAAAAGCAGAAAGCAGUAUGGCUUCUGUCAAGAAACAGCAUUGAAGCAAAAUGUAUUUGUGUUUUUCCUGCUGUGCAGCUUCAUUUGAACUAUCCUUUUUUGGCAUUACUUUCACCUAGUAAUCCUGAGAAAUCUACAGUUGGCCAGUUGUCAUGUGAAUUGAACAUGGUUCACCAAAAUUAUGUGAAUAAUUGUUUAAGGAACUCAAAGGAUAUUCUUUUCAAAUGGUGGAUACAAAAGUAAAUGGGGUUAAUUCCUAUUUACUGGCUUGUUCAUCCUACUGGGACUCUCAGUCAGAUAGCCAUGACCCAUAUUGCCUCAUAACCCUGAAAAGAACUGAAUUGGCUUACAUAUGAAUUGGAGCUCCUUAUGGCGCAAAAAUAAGUAACUGGAUACGACUGGCCGUUGCUAUUUUAAAGGCGAGUUUAGUGACACAUGGAGGACAGAACUGGGUCUGUCCAUGGUGUCGGAUGUGACAUCCGGAGUAAUAUUUUGAGUAUACAAAAUGAAUCUAACUGUAUUAUGGAUGACAAAUCAGCAUAUAAAGGCUGUAACAAUUUGCUUUGGGUAGUGACUGAAAAUUCCAUAAUUCAAAGUCUUGCACUCUCUCUUUUGUUAAAGGUGUACCUAUGUGCAAAGAAAAGUGACAGACAUGACAUUUCGUGAACCUCAAGUUUAAGUCACUUGCUCUAAUGUUCACAUAUCUGUCAUUGAGCGGAUCCUAAUAAUUUAAUUUCAUGUUCAUUCUACGGAUGGAAUGAACGCCUGGAAUUAGUGUAAGACACCCCAAGAUGACAACACUUGAAACAGAAAAUAAGCUUAUUUUGUGACAGUGUUGGAUGUGACAUGUUCUGAAAAUGUAUUUUGAAACGAGAAGUCUGUACAUAUAUUUUUUACUUUAUUUUAAAGAUAUCAUUCAAAUGUGAACAAUUUACAUCUAUUCUUCACACCUGAGCUAAUUUGAAAUUAUCAGUAUGCAUGGAAAGCCCAUCCUGGAAUCUCUUCCAGUAGUCUAAUUCAGUCUCUCCAGAUUUGCAUUUUCAUCACAUUUUUGAGUAUCAUGAG